AGGAAUGGAGGGAGCGGGGUGAAGGCGUUGGGGCUGUCCACGGCGAUCGCCUGAUCCGAGGGUUCAGAUUGCGAACCGAAAACCGGUACAAAGCGGUAACCGUUUCUUUAGAAUCAAUUCUCACUGACCGAUCACGGUAGUCAGACAGUGGUGGUAAUCGAAUCUAGCGGAUGCUUGCGAUCACUGUUGCGCAACUUGUUUCCGUGCAACUGGAUCACUUGCGUGUGGAAAUCGAUGCAACCCGAUUGCGAGCAGUUGGAUUCGCAGGCGACCUGUUAACGCAAUAAUCAUCAGCGCCUCCGCGGGGAACGUCAACAAACACGCCACGAGUCAACAGGGAAAUGUGGUCGUCACGUCCAUACGGCGUGCAGCCAAACAAUAAUGAUACAUCCGUGUCUAUUUGCGUGUGUUUCUUCCCCUUGCGAUGGGGACUCUGUAAGGGGGACGAACGUUGAGAUUUAUGAUGGGCACGGGGUCACCAAUAAGGUCUGAAUUGGUCUCAUAAUGGCCCUUCACGUAACUCUCCCCAAUCUUGACUUGCUGAGGGAAUUCAUCAUAUUCUUGGGUCUAUUCGGUAAAGUCGCGUCGAUAGGUUCUAAGAAAAUAACAAACAAACAAACUAAAAUAACAGGGAAAAAAAAACACGACGACUUUUCGAUUAGCAGCACGAGCGGUCUUCGUCAAGAGAAAAUUCCGACGAAAGCUUGUGCAAGCGUUCGAAACGUCGUGGUUUUUUUAGUUUUUGUUAUUUCCUUUGAAGCUAUCUACGCGAGCCAAGAGUGUCUCUCCACCAACAUCUCCCUAAUAACGUACAGAUGUAUUGCGCAACCCACCAAAUCCGACGUGGAGCUUUUUUGGCGGAGUGCGUUCCAAACAAGCGUCCAAAAACCGAGUUCAUUUGUUGUUGGCUUGCCACUGGAAAAGGUCCCACGGCUGGAUGAGUAACUACUAAGUCACAGUCACAGCCACAGCAGCAGCAGCGAGAACAAACUCCUCCACCACCUCCUCCACCACCACCCACACCCCACACUGCGCUCUCGCAGACCACAUCCAGCCAGCGACAUGUCAGCAUCUCAGCCUCCGGCUCUCGUGUCGGCACGAUGGCUGUUCGAGAACAUCUCUCCCUCCUCCUCCUCCUCAUCAUCACCGCCGCCGCCGCCGCCUUCAUCACCAUCACCGCCACCACCGUCGCCACUUGGCCCGGCGCUCGUUGUGCUCGACGCGUCGUGGCACGUGCCGGGCACGGGCAGAGAUGCCCGCCAGGAGUUCGUCCACGCUCGCGUCCCAGGUGCUGCCUUCUUCGACCUGGAUGAGAGCAGUGACCGGCAGGGCACCUUCGGCCUCCACGCGAUGCCGACCGCCGCAGCCUUCACCCUCUUCGCCCGCGGGCUCGGCGUGUCGGCCCGCUCGCACGUCGUCGUGUACGACAGAGGCAGCUCCGACCCCACGGCGGCCCGCGCCUGGUGGAUGUUCAGGGCGUUCGGCCACAGCGCCGUGUCCCUGCUGGACGGCGGCCUCGAGGCGUGGAGGGCCGCCGGCUUCCCGCUCGAGGCGGGGCUCCCGAAUGCUCCGGCGGCAUCGGGAGUGCGACUCACAGAUGGAGGAGAUGGAGGAGCAGGAGGAGGAGGAGCAGGAGAUGGUGACGGCGCGUGGCUCUUCCACGCCACCGAGCCGCCGCCGGGGCAGCUGAAGAGCUUCGAGGAGAUCCGAGACAACGUGAGCAGCAAGGAGUUCGUGCUGGUGGACUCGAGACCCGAGGGCAGGGUCACGAGCAGCGAGCCGCAGCUACUGCCAGACUUCUCUUCCAGCCACAUACCUGGAUCGGUGUCCAUGCCUUACAGCAGCGUCAUGGACCCACACGCUGGGCUGAUGCUCGGCGUGGACGCGCUGCGGGCAGAGUUCGAGCGGCGCGGGGUGCCCCUGGGGCGUCCCUUCGUGGCCACGUGCAUCUCGGGGGUCACGGCGUGCAUGCUGCUGCUGGCCGCGCACUUGUGCGGCGCUCCCGACGGAGCCCUCUACGACGGCUCGCUGCUCGAGUGGACGGCGCGCGCGCCCGCCGAGGACGUCGCGACGGGGCCCGGGGCGAGGCGAAGCUCCGCGGCCCGAGCGCGACGCUUGAGCGGCGGUCGCUGAAGACCGCGGGCCGGGGCGGGGCUUUUGAAACCACGCGCGGGGGUGGGGUGGUCAGAUCCACGGGUUCGGCAUUGUUUAAAGACACGGAUCCCGCGAUCGUCGUCGCUCGUAGUAUUUGCUGAACGGAAUUUAUGUCCGCGAAAGUUACAAAUCCGGUUGUUUAAGCUGCACGGCUGUUAUCCAUUAAAUCGACGCUCUGUGAAA